AUGCUCUGUCUCCCAUCAUCUCUCUCCUCUCUGUACUGUCUCUUCUCUCUGUUCUCUCUGUUCUCUUCCUUGCAUUUUCUCUCGGCUCUCUCGUCUCCCCUCUUCCCCUCUUCACCAAGACUACAUACAUUCCGCUGCAUCAUGGAGAUCUCUGCCUUCCCAGAGCUUCUCGAUACCAACCGCAUGGACAUCCUCUUCGACAUCCUCGACGACAUUGUCCCCGAGGACCCUUUCUUCUGGGCCUUUGGAGCCAUUGCAGAUAUCGAUUCGCUGGGGUCCUUCUUUGAUAUGGCCCCCGAAGAACAAAAUGACAUAUCUGAUAUAACCAUCUGGACCCGUGUGCUGAAGAUUUGGAUAACCAGCGCGCAGCUGAACUGUGGAUGCGACAGGGCCGAAAUCAGAGAUAGAAAUACCUGCGUCCUCACCGGCAAGUCUGACAAUACCGUCCAAGCGGCUCGCAUCUGCCGCUUCGAAACGGGCGUAACAUACGUAGGCCUAGAAGACUCGGCCAUGGACAGCUUUUGGGACCGCCUACGCACGCUAUUCACCGAUCGUCGAGUCCGUCGCUGGAAGAGGGCUUUCGAAAGGGCCGAGGGCUGUUUUGGGGCUCCCAAGAACAUGGUCUGCCUCUCGGAGCCUGCACGCGCUCUAUGGAAGCUAGGCCGCUUUGCCUUGAGGCCUGUGCAGAGUCCGGUCCCGCCGAAGAGAAGGAGAAGUCUCAUGGUGGAAUUUCACUGGAUUGGCCUCCGUUCUGAUGCAGUGACGCCGCUGGUCAACAAGCGCACUGGAGAGUAUAUUCGCUCGGGGGAUACUUUCACCAUUAGAACGGACGACCCUGUUUGCUUCCCGUUGCCGUCUGUGGAGUUACUUAAUAUGCAAUGGGUCCUAACUAGGGUUGUCGGCUUUGCAAGAGCGUCUCUUGGAGAUAGGGCGGCAUUCCUACUCAAUACCAUUGAUUAUGGGCCCGUUGAGGAGAUAGAAGAUGGAAUCAUAGAAGAUGAAGUCGACCCCGAGGCUGCUGUUGGGUUGUAUAAUGCCGAGGUAAACUUUGCUCAUUUUGAGAGUUAUUCGGCGUCUAUUGGUGGUCCUUCGUUUGACUAUGGGGAUGAUUGAUGAACAUUAUAUGUGGAGUUUGGUUGGCCUGUUAGAAGGAUUACAGGGCGUCAGGAGUAAGGAUAUGGGCAGGGACUGGGAUUUGCUUGAUAUACUGUAUUUUGAUAUCUGUUUGCGGGCUCCGUCCUAAAUUAUCCUUACUCUGCAUUGGCUUUCAUUUCUUGUAUGCUUAAUAAGACAAAUUGGAAACAAUCUCUACCAUAUCAAUACCUCCAUGUCCCACAGCUAAGAAUCAGGUAGGAGAGGCUGGACCAGGACAUGGAGUCAU